UUGUCCGUCAAACGAAAGCUUAAAAAUUACUUAUUGAUUGCCAACGUUAAUUGGACCCAGGCAUAACAAGGCAGGAUAAGAAAGAUGGCGAACUACCGAAAAGGUGAUCAUUCGGAUGGAAAAAAGUUAUAUUUUCCAGAAGGUGCUCUGUUAAAUCAAAUGGAGGUCGCUGUUGUUGAAUCAGAAAGAAGGAAAAGUGAAAUUCUCAAGGAGCCAUUUGUUGUUUACCUUGUCGAAUCGAGGCCAUUGGAAAACACUAUUGGUAUUGAGCAAGGGUGUGCACUAUGGAGACGAUACAGUGAGUUUGAAUUGCUGAGAAAUUAUUUGAUGGCAAUAUAUCCAUUUAUUGUAAUGCCACCAUUACCAGAGAAACGACCAUUCUAUUUUCAGAUCAAUGUAGCAAAAUUUCAGCUUGCUGCUGACAAAUUUGAUCCCGAUUUUAUAGAACGCAGAAGACAAGGUCUUGAGUGUUUUCUUUUGAGACUUGCUUCACAUCCUGUUGUUUCACAAGAUCCAAUAUUUAGAGGUUUCCUGAAUCAGGAAGACAGCUGGAAAGAAAGUGUAGCAUCAACACAAUGGCAACAAAAGGCUGAUAGUCGCUUUAAAAGUAUCAGUGCUUCAAUGAGCAUAAAAAAGCCAGAUGAGCGGUUUGACAACAUUAGAAGUUAUAGUGAAAGCUUGAAUACAAAUAUAAGUUCAUUACUGAAAGUUCAACAGAGAAUUUCACACAGACAACAGUUGAUACUGAAACAACACACAGAAUAUGGAAAACUUUUUAGUGAAUGGAGUGCAAUUGAAGACGAACUUGGUGAUAUUUUACAACAAGCUGGCCAUCAAAUGGACACACUGAGUAGUCAAACAGAGACUGUUUUAAAUGAGGAGGAAGUUGCAUACAUUGAUCAGUUGAAAGAGUAUUUAUAUUUCACUGAAUCAUUGAAAGCGAUUGUUCGAAAGCAACAUCUGAGACACUAUGAUUUAGAAAAAGCUGAAGAGGCCUUGUCAAUCAAAAGUAAACAAAAAGAUGAACUAGCUAAAGAAAUUACUGCUCUAGAGAAUGGUGAAGAGGUACCACAAUCUGGCUUCACAUUGAAAUCAGUAUCCAACAUGUUAUUUGGACAAGACUCGCUUGAAGCGAAACAGGAGAAAAUGUUGACUUUAGAAGAGCAAGUCCGAGAUGCAGAGCAAACAAUGAAGAUGGCGGAAAAUGAUGUCAAUGUGUUUGUGGAAAAAUCAUUAAAAGAUUUUGACAGGUUUAAGAAACAAAAAGUUCGAGAUGUAAACGAAAUAAUGGAAAAUUAUGUCAAAACACAAAUUAAAGCAAAUAGAAACGGUAUACAGCAGUGGCAAGCUAUGAAAGAAUAUUUCAUGUCGAUGUAAACAAUAACUUGUUUCAUACAAUUUAUAAUGCAAUUUUUUUUUUAAUUUAGUAUUUUGUAUAUGGUUCAAUUUCUUAGCCUUGUUGUCUCACAUUACUCUUUAUUAUAUUUGUACAAAAUAAAAUUAAAAAUUAUUGUAGUACAUUUUUUUAAAAUUUCAUUCUUGCUAUAUCUUUAAUAACUGCAUAGUUUUAUGUCUGGCCACAACAGCUUAGCAGCAUUUGCUAUAUUACGGUACUGUUUAUUGUUUUUCUGAUUUGAUAAAGUAGUUAUUUUGGGGAAAAGUGUAUGUUAUUUAUUUAAAGCAUUGUUGUGUGCUGGAGUUCUUCAAUAGUUUACAUCAUAAACAUACACAUACAUAUUUUUCGUAUGCUUUUAAAAAAUUACAAAAAUCUACCUUAAAUGUUAAAUUAUUUGACAACAUAUCUUAUAUUUUUCUUAUAUUUUGUAUUUUGUAAUUUGUGAGAAAAUAUUGCAAGAUAUGGUAAUGGAA